AUGAUUGUGAUCGAGUGUGUCGGCUCUGUUGCUGCUGCCGGUGGCGGCGAUGGCGAUGGUGGUGGUGUUGGUGGUGGAUGGUCGUCUGAGGAGGCUCAAGAAGCUGAGAGAGCAGUGGAAGACUCGCAUGACAAAUCGUUCUUGGGCUCCAAGAUCGACGUGUUUCCUUUCGACGGGCCAGAUUCGUUGCAACGAAGACUCGGUUCCGUUGUUUGCGAAAAGGUUUCGGGAAAGGAUGCGGAAAUGUGA